CGGGGCUGGGGAUAGGAAGGAAGGGUUAGGCGGGUUGCCCUGCGUGCGCCCUCACGGAAGGCCCGGGGCCCGCGAUAGGAAAGAAGAAGGAGGCUGAGUCUUCCUUUCCCGGGGGUCCCGCCCCUGCUUUCCCCGGCACCACCUCUGGGACUCUUACUGCCCCGGUUUCUCUUUUGAACGUCGCCUUCCCGGUGCAUUGGCGCAGCUUAGCUUUCCAGAGCGCGGCCGGAGCCAGAGGAGGGCAAUGCAAGCUGUUCUCUUUAACUCCGUGAGAAAACGGAGACCCUCGGACUAUGGGUCGGGCCCAGAGUCGCUUGGUCAGAUAAGGGCGGAGGCCUAGUCCUGCCUCCAGCGUCGUCUGUUCUCGCAUCUCCGCGGUUCCUGUUAUCUGCGUAGAAGAACCCAGCUGUGAGGGUGCUCUGCAGCCUGGGAGUCUGUGACACCUACCGCAGGAAGGUAGCCCACACACCCGGGAUGGUGGAGACCAGGGACUUGGCGCAGCUGCGGCAGCUCAACCUGGAGCUCCUGAGGCAGCUGUGGGUCGGGCAGGAUGCCAUGCGGCGGUCGGUGGCCAAGGCAGCCUCAGAGUCAAGCCUGGACUCCAGCAGCAGCUAUAACUCAGAGGUGCCAUCAUCUCAAGAAACGACCUGCAUGGCCUCCUGCCCACAGGGUGCCCACCACAGUGACUCCUGUAAUAGGUCCUGGCCUGGCGGAGCCAGCUCGGGCGUGAUCUCUCUCCCACUUACUGAGUGCCAGCACCAGAAGUCUCUGGGCCCACUGAGGCCCCAGUCAGCUCCCUUGCUGGCCAGCUCAGACUCGAAUGACCCAGAGCUUUCAGCAGAGCUGGACAGUCUGGGGACCCAGGAGUCACAGGCCCUGAGGUCCGUCCUGGCCCGACGAAGCAAGUUGUCUAAGCCAAGAGUGACCUUCGACAAGGAGUCUCCAGUGCCUGAGAGGAGCUGGCGCCUCAGACCGUACCUGGGCUAUGAUUGGAUUGCAGGGUCCUUGGACAAUAGCUCUCCCAUCACCAGCAAGCCCGAGGCCUUCUUCGCAAAGCUGCAGAAGUUCCGGGAAGCUAACAAGGAGGAGUGUAUUUGCAGUGACCCCGAACCCCAGUUCCUAGGCCUGCGGGAGAGCGGUGCCGUGGAGGGAGAUCAUGAGUGCAUGUACUGGUACCGUGUCAAUCGGCGCCUGUUUCUGGUGCCUUCGGAUCCUGGCACCCCCUGCCGUCUGUGCAGGACACCACGGGACCAGCGGGCUCCUGAGACCCUGGCCCAGCCAGCGCAGGUCAGGGUGAGCGUCCCACUGUCUGUCCUGGACCCCCCACACCGGUACCGCAUCCACCGGCGGAAAAGCUUCGAUGCCUCCGACACGCUGGCGCUGCCCCGGCACUGCCUCCUGGGCUGGGACAUUCUUCCUCCAAAGUCUGAGAAAAGUUCAGCCCCCAAGAGCCUGGACCUCUGGUCCUGUGUCUCCUCUGAGGCCCAGCACCGGAAGCUGUCAGCCGCCGGCCCUUCCUGCCAGGCCUUGCCAAUGCGGGUCCCACCCCCAACCCCGAUCUGGUCAGAACCCUUGGUGCCCCAGCCCUGCGCCCCCCAGCUAAAGCCCUGAGGACUGGCCACCUGGAGGACAGUGCCUCUGCUGUCGUCCCAGCCUCUCCCCUCUGGCAGGGGCACCCAUGAGUGAGGAGCCCUGCCAAGCACAGCUGGAGGUGGACUCAGGCCCCACCCACCUAGGCUGAGCAGGUGGGUGGGCCCAGGCCUGUCUUCUUCCUGGGGACAGAGGUGGGUGGGCUUUGAAGUCAGGGUGAGGGGAUUCUGUGACACGUUUGUAAAUAAAGUUCAGAGCUCCCUGCA